AUGACUAUAGCUCCAAAGAAACGAGCCUGCGAUUGGUGUCAUGCUUUAAAGCAGGUCUGCUUAGGAGGAAAUCCGUGUGACCGAUGCUUUCGAAACGGUUGGAAUUGCACCAAUCAGCGGCCAGUUAAGAAAAUAGGAAGACCGCCAAAGCCGAUGGACGAUAAGCCAGAGAAGCCGCGAAAAUACAACAAGAACGGGUGUCUCACUUGCAAGCGACGAAAGCGCAAGUGCGAGAACGAAACCUGGCCAUGUAAGUUGUGCUCACGGCUUGGCAUCAAAUGCAGUGGAGGCGUUGGUACCGCGACCUCUGCUGAAAAUCUGCUAAUGAAGGAAAUCAAUGCUUUCGACGAGCUCAAGGAAACAGAAAAAAUGUACAUGAAGUACUUUGUCAAUGACGUAGCACCAAUAUUGUUUGCUAAAAGCCACGCUCAUGUGUUCCUCAAGCAGGUAGUUAAUCUUGCAUUACUCUACCAACAGAUCAGAGACCCUAUUUUGGGGAUCGCUGCGACUCAUCGCUCUUGCAAGUUAGACCAUGAGCUGUGCUCCGUUCGCGAGCUUAGUCCGGCCUAUAGAGAUUCGAUCAGUUAUCGCGCUCGCUCGAAACUCUCUGAAUAUCCCCAGUGCUCAGAUGAGAUAGAACUUCUCUCUGUGCUGCUGUCUGUGAUGAUGGAAAUCCUUGUUGGAGAUAGUCUUGACUGGUCUCAGUUGCUGAAACGAGCUUACAGAAUACUUGAGAGAUGUGGUGGUAUUCUGUCUCUAACAAAUGACAAAGAGGACCAGCUAAAACUGAUUAGCGUCCAGCUUUUUUGUUAUCUGGAUUUUGUAUCAAGUUUGAGCACAUGCAACCCACCGUAUAUCGAAAUGCAGCAAAUGAGCCAGUUUAAGACAAGCUACAACAUAUCUGAAUCGCUAGAAGAGUUUGAUGUUGCAUGUCUCGUGGAUGAGAAUUCAUUGUUUAAUGCAGAAAUAGAUUCUCGCUUUGUUUCUUCGCUACUGAGUGACAGAGACACUUCAAAUAUACUCAAAAUUGAGCUCGGGUUUAAGUUUGGCAUCGCAGGUGAUAUCUUUAAAAUAAUGGGCAAGAUAUCUGCUCUAGCAAGUCUUCGCAAGCUGCGCGGAAAAGACAGUAAGCACGAUAUUGAGUUCGAUCGGUUUGCGAGCGAGAUAGAGAUGAAGUUGCAAAAUUGGGAUGUGCCUGAGGAGAUCAAUUUUGAAAAUAUCUCAGAUUUUCAGAGGACGCAGUAUGCGUUGGCGUUGCAGUGGGCUUGCUUCUUGCGGCUGCAUCAGAUACGCUAUGGAUACAACAGGGAUGACUCAAGGCCCAAGGGGUGUCUGGUGAACAUUCUGCAGGCUAUAGACUCUAUUCCUGAAGGGUCACAGCUGGAAAGUGGACUAAUGGUUCCUCUCAUUCUUGCUGGGUCUGUGGCUAGUCGAGAGGAUGACCGUAGAAUGAUUUUGAAAAGGAUGAGAAAUAUCAGAGGAACGCUGAAGUUUCCUUACAUCCAGCGAUUUGAGUCGCUACUGAUGAGAAUCUGGGAGCGGGACUCCCUGGACGGCAAUUUUGUGAACUGGGCAGCUGUCAGAUAUUACGAGUUUCCUGGACUGGUCAUGUUUUAG